UCAGCAGUGGGCCCUAGAGGGAAGCUCUCGGAUGCUGUUGUUUACAUGCUCCGUGACUCUGUUUCUCCCCUCUUGCUGGAACACUCCCGUUUGUGCUGAGCCACAGGGAAGGACCUCUGGGGAUUUUGCUGUUACCAAGCUGAGUUAGCUGUAGGGCAACUGGGAUCACAGCAACAGAUGACGUCUGGUCUAAGUAGGAACGUCUUUCAUUUCAUCAGAAGCCACAGAUCGCAGUGAAAGAAACAAACCAGAGCACCGUUCUUCAAGCCAAGGACCCUUGUCAUCCAUCAAAGCUGCCAUCAAGAGAACACUCAUGAAUAGUGCACAGCAAAAAUGCCCCGUGGACGAGCUUCUCGAACAUCUCACAGCGAACAGCAUCGGGACAGGAGGCGCCCAGAGAUCACAAUUGUGGCAGCUGAGCCACUCAGACCAACUUCUUGGUUUCCGGGUGCCUCGCCAGCAUUAGGAUUUCCAUCCUCUCCUUCCCCAGGCGCCUGGAGACCAAACGAAUCGGUUCCUGCUGAGCUUCCACCAUCUUAUGAGCAAGUAAUAAAAGAAAUCAACCAGGUUCAAGUCAGUACCACAAAUAACAAUGCUGCUGCCAUUCCAAGAAAUACCAUUACAUCCGCAACUCAGACUGACUUUCCAGAGGAAAUAAUCAGCCGCCUGCCAGGAAGUGAUGAAAACAAUCAGCCUGCUCCCUGUGAACCUGACAUAGUUCGGGUGUAUGCUUCUCUCAAACCACCUCGGCCUCCUUCGCCACACCUAACUGCCAAUCUUUUGGAAAGUGUGGCUCCUUUGAUUGUCUUUGAUAUUUCUGAAGAACAGAAUUGCCAAGAAAAUCCCAGUGCUGGGAGAUGUCCAGUGCCAAGACCAAGAUCAAAAAGCAAUCUCAGGCCUGUAGCUAGAGACAUUCAGACUAAAGCUCAAGACCAUCAGGAAGUCGGCCAAACAAGAACAAACCAGGAGUCUUCUAGUCAAUCCCUAGCCCCAUUAGACGAUAGUUUAUUGGACAGCCACGUGGUGAUGAACAGUAUGAACACAGAAAGAAACCAAAAUAGUAUUGUUUCAAGGAUUAAAGCAUUUGAGUCUCAAACAAAUGCUGAAACCUCAGGACUACCCAAGAAACCCGAAAUUGCUCCCCGGACAUAUCCCGCCAGGCCUGCUGUUCCUGCAGGAAAACCAGCCCUAGCUCCCAAACCAGGAGCUAACCGAGCUUCUGAAGAGUGGAACAUCUGGGCGGAAAACAAGCCGAGGAAUGCCCCCAAGGAAGGGCUCUCUGCCCACUCCCAGGCCCCAGAAACAGGAAGCAGCCCAAUAGCCAAACCCGAAGUGCCAAAGAAACCAAAGCCCAGCCUCAUCAAAAGCACAAGUAAUGAUCGGCUGGAGACUCCCGACGGGGAGAAAAAACCUCCAACUCCCGCACCGAGACCUCUGCUCCCCAAGAAAUUAGUUUGCCUAGAAACCCCCACUGUGCCACCAGCCGCCUUGAAGCCUGUCACUGCUGCCCCCAGGCUCUCUGUAGCUGCGCAGGCCAAAGCCUUCAGAGCGUUAGAAGAGGCGCCUGCAGCCAUUCUCCUGCCUCCUCCUGUACAGAGCAGACCUGUUGGGGAAAGAGAUCUGAUCAGCUUCGACGAUGAUGUUUUGCCAGCUACUUCGUUUAACCUGGUGGGAGAAGCUCUCAGUUCGGAAGCUGCUCUGGAUCCCUUUCAGCUCCCCACAAAAGCAGAGCCUAUGAAGGAACCAGCAGUCCAAGCAGUACCCACACGGAAGCCUACUGUGAUUCGAAUCCCAGCCAAACCAGGAAAAUCACUGCAUGAAGAUCUACAUAGUCCGCCACCUCUCCCAGCAGAAAAGCCUAUUGGAAAUACUUCUCUUACAACAGCUGGAAAAUCCAGUAAUGCUGACAAAACAAGAAACUUGGAACCGGAAGGCCUGAGUCAGCCAGGAAACUCUUGGAAAGCACCGAUUCUGCCCCCACGACCUGCAGAUGGAAAAGUUGCCCCUGCACGUCCUCCUCUCCCAAAGGGGGCCCCUGGAAGGCCACCUCCCCCCAAGCACUCUGCGUUCAAGGUGUCUUCUCAGAAGGAGGCUUUUCCCCGAUCCUCAUCUGACAUGGAUCUUCAGAAUAAAACAAGUACCUCAGCUCUGGGACUCAAGAGGACAAAGAGCCAAGUCUUAAAAGAUCAAGACCCAGUGCUUCCCCCUCGACCCAAACCAGGUCAUCCCUUAUACAGGAAAUACAUGCUGCCUGUGCCCCAUGGAAUUGCCAAUGAAGACAUCUUGUCACCAAGCCCUGGAGAACUGUCUUGCAAGCGAGGGGAGGUUCUGGUGCUGCUGGAACAGGCUGAAAAUAAUUACUUAGAAUGCCAAAAGGGAGAGGAAACUGGCAGAGUUCACCUGUCUCAUAUGAAGAUCAUCACCCCACUUGAACAUCUUGAGAACAGGCCAAAGGAUGCAAAGAGCAUUCCGAAGGUUACUGGAAACAGUGCUCCUCAUGCUCUAGUCCUGCAUGAUUUUCCAGCAGAGCAAGCUGAUGAUUUGAACCUCAGCUCUGGAGAGACAGUUUAUCUUCUGGAAAAAAUAGAUAGUGAUUGGUACAGAGGGAAAUGUAGAAACCAGACCGGUAUAUUUCCUGCCAACUAUGUCAAAGUAAUUAUUGAUGUUCCAGAAGGAGGUGAUGGGAAAAAAGGAUCAGCUUCUUCCCAGCAUCUUAAAGGCCCAAGAUGUGUGGCUCGGUUUGAAUAUAUCGGAGAUCAGAAAGAUGAGUUAACUUUCUCAGAAGGUGAAACUAUCCUCCUUAAGGAAUAUGUCAAUGAAGAAUGGGCCAAAGGAGUUCUGAAAGGCAAAACUGGGAUUUUUCCUCUUAACUUUGUGGAAAUCAUUGAGGAUCUCCCUGAAUGUGGUACAAAUGCUUCAAGUGUAACAUCGUCGCAGAAAAAUAAGAAAGAGACUUCAUCCAUUUCACAGGACAAUAGACAUUCUGGGGAAUGGUGUGAGGCACUUCAUGAUUUUAUAGCAGAAUCCAGUGAAGAUUUAUCUUUUAAAAAGGGAGAUAAUAUCCUGAUCAUCAAGCAUCUGAACUCAGAGUGGUUCAAGGGCAGAUUGAAUAACAGAGAAGGGAUCUUCCCUGCCGUUUUUGUUCGAUCCUGUUCAGGUCCCAUUGCUGGAGCAGUGCCCCUCGCCACGGCGGGACAGAAGAAAGAAAAAGCCAGAGCCUUGUAUGACUUCCAUGGGGAAAAUGACGAUGAGCUCUCCUUCAAGGCCGGUGACACAAUAACAGAGCUGGAAUCUGUAGAUGAAGAGUGGAUGAGUGGAGAAUUAGCGGGAAAAUCUGGCAUAUUUCCCAAGAACUACGUUCAGGUCCUAUCAGCAUCCUAAGUAGAGAUAUUGCUUGUGCUAUGGAAACAUAUUACCCAAAUAGCACACAGGCACACUGCGUCCUUUUAACACAAGAACUGCUGCCUGCGGUAUCACUUGAACUACUAUUUUGACGAUCAGAUACAUGUUUUUGCACUAUUUUUUUACUGAAAGAAAAAUGCACAUAUUGUACAUGGUACCUUAGAAUUUCCUGAAAGCAGAAAAAAGGUUUACUUUUCUUUUUUAAAAAAAAUUCUUAUCGAUUCCCUUAGAAUAGAAAUGAGAAGCCCCCUGGAAUCUUAGAUGCUCUAAAAGAAGACAUCAAGUGGACUUGGGCUAAUGGAUAACAGUUCCUAACAACAAAAGAGAAUCACGGUAGAGUGGAGAACCUUUUGGGGAUCCAAAGCUGCAUUUGGGCAUAUGGGAUUUUGAUACAGUACCUUUAAGAGAGUAUAGAGAAGAGGAUUCAUCUUGUGUUGCUGCCAUUCCAUUUUUAAUUUUCUUUAUAACAGAAGGCAUUUAUACUUUACGCGAGCUCAGUUAACCCCAAGUGCAGUAUGUUAGGGCCAUUGUGGAAAAAGUGUUAAUCCCUUCAGGACCUUGGGAAACUGCCUUGUCAAAUUUCUUAACUUACCCUCAGGCACUGGGAGAAUUGGGCCCAUUGUGACUUAGUGUUCAGUAAGAGAAACUGCAUUGCUUAUAUUCAAAUGGAAUUAUUUCUGCUUGAGUGCUUAUCCACAUAUUAAAGACAAGUCACCACUAGAAAGGGAUGAUUGGUGAAAAAGUGCAACAUUCCUUUACCAUGGUGUGAAGAACUCAAAGAAGCUAAAUUAUCUACGGUUUUAUGACUUAGGACUUUACGUUCUCAAUUAAAACCCAUAAGCGAUCAGUUUUGAAAGGAAAGAAUAUUUUUAGUCUUUCAGUCAUGUAGCUUGUGAACCCUUCACAGCCACCUCUGAAAUAUGUCCUGCUAAUAAUACUAACCCUCCUGGCUGCCACACUACUUUUUACCCUCAACGUAUGCUUUUUUAUUAAUGGAUAUAUUACAUAGCAUAUUUCCUGAGUCAAGAUCAUUCCUCUGACAAUUAUGGCAUCACAGCAAAAUUCAUUUACUUUGCAUUACUUUAGUAGUGUGUGAACUGUGGUUUGUUAUAAAAAGGCAUUAAAAAUCAUACAAUAGAAUACAAAAGUCCUACAAUGAAGAAUAAGUAUCAAGUGAGAAACAGGGAAACAGUCCCAACAGCUAAUGUCUUCGCAGAGCUGGCAGGAUAAAUCAGCCUUGUAAGUCCUCUUUGAGGACCGGUAAGUUUUUUGUACCUGUCUGCCCAACCUCACCUAACCUAUUCAGCUGAUACUGCAUUAAUAGCAGGCCUGGAGUUUUUCAUUUACUUUCCUCUGAAUUGAUGUCUUUCACGUGGCACUUGGACAAGUGAUUACUUGCAAAAGUGAAUAAGUCUAUUGUACUUGGGACACUUAAACCAAAUGAAAUGAAUUCCAUCUUCCAAAUAGAUUGGCAGAAUAAACAUCUCCUGACAGAUGAAACUGGCUAUAUAUUUUUUCUUUUGCUAAAAGUUUUAAAACAACUCAAUUCAAGUAAAAUUGCUAGCUUGUUUAAUCAUAAAUCUGCUUUUUUUUUUCCAUUUGUUCUCAGUAUGUUGCCAUGUCAUGCCCCAAUUUUUUUUUUGUUGUUGUUGUUGUUUUGUUUUUGUUAAGGUAGAAGCCCAAAGGGAAAGAGGAAAGACUGUGGGCCUGAUAAACCUCCCUUUUGAUCUCCUUCUGAAUUAAACUGUGGCCCAAGUUCA